CUUUUUUUUUUCUUCUUCUUUAAUCAGUAUGGGACAAGCAACUUCUUCUCCUCAUGCAUUGUCCUUCUUUCGAAAGAAUCUAGUCACAAAUGAAUAUGAAGAUAUUUCAAACAAAUUCACAAAAGCAACUGUGUCUACUCUAGCUGUGCCUGUCAUUAUUGUUGCUUAUCCUGUAUUAAAUGCGUACACAUUUCAUGAUUCGGAUAUUACUGGAUUUCGUAUCCUUGAUGGCGCCAUUGGUGGCUUAUUGGGUGUGAUUGGGUGGCCAUUGGCUCCAUUUAUGGCCAUUUGGGGCGCGAUUCGGAUCAAUUUUAAAGACAAGCCUCAAUUACCGUUGCCUGUGCCAACCGAUCUACUCCAACGCGCUGAGGAAGAAAUCAAUUUAAACACAACUUUGUUUUACAAUGUAGCUGUGGUGGGUGCUUCAGGUACAGGCAAGAGCUCGGUUGUCAAUGCUAUUCGAGGAUAUAAAGAUACACAUCCCAAAGCGUCCAGAGUAGGCGAAGUAGAGACGACACACAAACCAGUGGCUUUUCAACAUCCUGAUUUGACAUCCAUGAUUAUUUGGGAUAUGCCUGGUGUAGGCACGAAACGUCAUCCAAGAGAAACGUAUUUCGAAGAUAACUUUUUAUGUGCUUUUGAUUUGUUGGUGAUUGUCUUGGGAAACAGGUUAAUGCAAGAUGAUAUAGACAUUGCAUUUAAAGCAAAAGAUCAAAGAAUACCUGUUUUAUUUGUUCGAAGCAAAGCAGAUCAAGCAAUUGACAGUAAAAUAAGAAGGCACGAAGACGAUGAUGAAUAUCAAUGGGCUACAGCUGUGGGUGAACUUGUAUAUGAAGUCAAGGAUUCUGUAUUUACUCAACUUCGGCAAAACCAAUUGAACACGAAAAAGUUGUUCAUUGUGUCUGCUGCUUCUUUGCAAUUAUUUGUAGCCACUAUCAACAAAAAAGAAGUCAGAAAGACGCUUAAACUGAUAGACGAAGAAAGGUUCAUGACAGCCCUAAUUGAAGGAGUGAUGGUCAAGAGACGCUACUAUGAGAAACAAGAGAGAAAGAACAAGAAAAAACAAAUUUCGAGUAUGAAAUGAAAUAAUGCU